AAGAAAGACAGAAAUAGAACUAAGCAUUUCCCUUGACCAGAAUCAUUAAGAAGGAUUUUAAGUGCUUCAUCUCCUAUUGUAUGGUUUCAGGCUCUUAACAAUACUUUUUAAUCUGAUAAUUAUGUUCCGUAUAGCUGCAUGGCUGGAACACUAAUAAAUUUGGAAAUAAACUAGUUUAACUUCAGCAGAUUUCCUGCCCCUUUAAAAUUUCUUGAAAAAGCUGAAAACCUUGCCUUUACCUGCCAUAUAUUUACAAAUGAGUUAACAAGAGAUAAAUUUGAGAGCUACGUAUUAAAACAAGCAGCCAAACACUCUUGUAACUUAAACAACUGGGACAAAGUCUUACUCAUUAAAAAUCCGGUGCACCCAUUUCAAUGAGUUUAAAACCAAUUUGAUGAUUUCCUAUCUAACAAUCUGCUUUUUAUCCCUCCUGAAUUCUUAAAAGUUCAAUAGCAGCUCAUGCCUGGGGCUGACCUGCCCAGAAAGAACUUAAGUGAUUUCUGAAGUCAAAAGCAAUUUUCAUUAAUCCCUGCCCCACCAAAAAAACCCCAAAAAAAACCCCCACAACGCCAACCCAAACAACUGCUGAAGAAGAAAACCUGGGCUUGAGUGUUUCCAAACACAUGGAGAGAGACAAAAAAAAUGGUCCAUACAAGAAAGUAAGUACAUGUAAUUAACAGCAAUAAUGAUAAACUGGGUAAGGGAAAAAAAACCCCAAAACCUCCAACCACACAAAUUCAGGAGUUUCCCUCUUUUUCAUCAGCUUCGGGUAGUGGAACAUUAAAACAAGGAUAAUGACAACUCUUCUCAUUUUGAAAUUAAGUCAGCUCUAAUAUGUUUUAGGUUUUGUUUUGAAAAAAAGAAAAUGUUUCUGCUUUCGUUGGAAAGAAUAGCGUCAUUCAAGAAUUUUAUUGAGGUACUUUAAGUAAUAUGAACUCUAACGUGGUCUGGCUUAGCUAUUUUUGCUAUAAUAAUGACUUUAUAUAAAACCAUUAACGGUAGGAACUAAAGACAAUUUGCGAACAUUUUAUAUGAUACUUGAAAUACUUUUUUUCUGUUUAUGCCAUAUUUGUUUUCAUAUUAGUAGAAUCUGAGUUUUAAUAUAUUGUAAUUCUUAUUAGUUUAAUUCGGUAUCAUUAACACAACUUCUCAUUACAUUAUUUGGGUUUUGAGGUAUAGUAUAUAUAAGGUAUAAAUAUAAACAUGUUGACAAGUAUCACUGUUGGCCUAUUUUUACUCUGUGUAACAAAACUUGCAAAACUGCACAGAAGCCGCAGUCUGGCUGAUGCAUUCUGCUCCAAAUAGCUGUAUGGCAAAUAAUAUGUCUCAUCAUUGGCAUUAUAGAGGAGAGAAGGCUUGGAAUUAUGUCAUCCUGGCAUGCAAAUCGCGCACAAAUCGUGAUGGAUGUCUCAGUCACAACCGUAGGGAGGUACACUCCCGGUUGUGACUGAGAUGCCAACAAUUGUCGGUAAAGCUUUGGGACAAUAUGGCCAGAUAAAGGUCCGGCCAAGGAAUUGCAAGGGCUAUCGGUAUAUCUGCAGCAGAGAAAGUUUCGAGGGGGUCCGGAUCCAGAUACUCCGCCCCCAGACUCUCCGACGCCGCUGCGGCAGAGAGGGGCAGCUGCCCUCAUUGGCUCCCUGUGCCCGAGUGCCGGGCACCGCCGGCUCUGCAGCAAUGUUCUUCAGGGGGCCGCUGCCCUCCUGGGCCGCCAGCAGAGCCCACCUUCCCGAAGAAGACUCUUCCCCAUGGCCUCUGUCUCCUCUAGCCCCGCCGCCCGCCUCCGCUUGCAGAGACCUCUUAAAUUUACCAUCAGCCUCAGUAGGAAUAGUACUGUUAAUAACGACAGCUGGGGGCGGCGCGGGGGGCGAUGCGUGGCACCGGGAGGGCCAUACCCACCCCAGCCGCCCUCGUACCCAAGCCCCGGCAGCCUCGGCGUGGGACGCGAGCAGCCCCCGACACACCUCUCCCUCUCUUGUCCCAGUCUCGAGUAUCCCUGAGGCCCACAGGCUAAGCUCUGACUCCUCACCAUGCCUGGAGAGAAUUCGCAAGGAAAGCCCCCUAGAAAGACAUUUCUCCGCUGCUGAUGGUUGUCUGUUUUGGGGGGGAACGGGGGAGGUAAGUGAGUGGGAAAUACCGGGGCAAAGGGGAGGAGUGAGGUACGCAGCAGUCCGGCGUGGGCCAGCCUUCGUGGCCCUCCUCUCUCUAAAAGCAACCUGCUCCUCCUUCCUCGAGUGGCUUCUUCUUUUCUUCCCGCCCAUCCGAGAGGGCCUGAAGAAGCCUCUCCUGACGUCUCUGCGAAUGACGGUGCUCGGCGGGCGGCUGCGGAACGGAGACCGCGCGAGUCCGUACGCGGCGGCCAGGGGUGUCAGUGGGACAGCACUGGAAGGGCGCGUCCUGUACAGUAUCGGUGGGGUAUCAGCAGGACAGCGGGCUAUCAGACAGACGGACGGCAGGACCCGCUUUCGGCGCGAGCGCUACGCACGGACGGGCACCGGGAGGGGGCGCUGCUCCCCCGCCGCCGGGGGGAUGCGGGGCCGACACGGGACGGGUCCACGGAGGAGCCCCGCCUCCUCCCCGCCUUUUCUCCCUGAGACCGAUCCCACAGAGGAGCCCCGCCUCCGUCCCGCCUUUUCUCCCCGCUCAGAAGUGGAGUCCGGCCUGCCCAGGCAUUGUACACUAGGCGGGGAGGGAGAGGUAAAUGUGAACUUCGUACCUGCAGACUGAAUUUAAAAUCAAAUCAAAAUAUAACAAGGUCUGAAACAGGAAAAAAAAAAAAAAGGGAACCCAUAAAAACAGCAAAAAAAAAAAAAAAUCUAAUUCACUCCCCUGCUAGGGACCACAUUCAUAGGAAACAGAGAGAUAGCAGUGCAUUCCAAACCUUGUCUUUUCGGUCAGUUAUUUUACACCUAGAUAUAAACUGAAUACUAAAAUAAAAGAACAGAAACGACAUCGAGGAAAUUUGGUUCAUUCCUCUUCAGCCCGUGCCACAAGCCAGAAUCAUGCCUUGCACAGAGUCGGCUUCUCUGGCCAGUCAUCCCGGGCUAGCAUUCUGCAUGCUCGCCAAAACCCACCUAACAAAGCGUUUGGUAUACUUCAGCCUCUGAAGACCUUAACAUUCAGCGAUCACAUGAAUUCUGGAUAAAAGAAACACAACUUCCAUCCCCUCUUCUUCUUCUCUUGAUUUCUGCCUUUGUAUUUCUAAUAAGGAGACAUGUUCUGAACCACAAAAAAAUGAUCAUUGACUUUUUAUUAUUAUUUCUAGAGGAGGUACACAGUGAGGGUGUAUACUCACUGGAAGCUUGUGUGUAAAAAAAUAGAUUUUCGUGUUUGUGUGUAUGCACAGAUAAAACUCUAAAUUCUGGAGUUUUUUGUCUUACAGGAAAAAAAAUUGUCAUGCCAAAUUUUAAUUAUUUCACCAAAUAUUAUCUGUUUGACGUUCUGCAUUUUUUCAUUUCAAUAUUUCAGUCCUGCAGGGGAAAUGAAAAAAGCAAGAACAAAACAAAAAGUAGAGAGAAAAUAAAGAGAAAAUGAAAAAAUACUUUUACUAUACCCACUGUACUUGCACCUUCACUUUUCUAAAAAUAAAGUUUAUAUGUAGAACAAUAUGCAGCUCGGAUUAUUUACAUAUAGUAUAAGACAGGGAUGAAGAGAAGUGGGAGAAAAUUUUAGUGUACGAUGCUGAAUACUUGGUUUAGAGAAGGAUGGGUAUUAAAAGCAUUGGUGGGGAGGAAAAAAAGGGAUGAUGGGGGAAAUGAAUGAGAAUAUGGAGAAAAGGAUUUAUUUCAGGCAUUUAUUAUUUACAACCCAGCAAUCUGUCUCAUGCAGCGGCCACCCCAAAUCCGAGCAUUAUUAGCUCUGUUAUAUAUUCAUUUGUUCAUCUAUCCUUGGACGGGAAUCCAAGAAAUCGCCAACUUCGGUGGCAUUCUAGCCACCUUGGAAGAUCCGUGCAGAUGCGCAGUGGAACAUAAGCGCCACUGGUUUUAGCGGUAAAUUCGAUAUUAGGCCGGUAUUGGGCAAUGUGUAUGCGGGGCAGCUGAGAAGGGGCAGGGGCUAUAUUUAUUGUUCGUACUCCACACUCCAUGUUUAAGUGUCAAGUGUCGGGAUCUGAGGGGACACGUAGCUCCUCCCAUUGUGCCCGUCAGGGUUGCGGGGUGAGCCACCACGGGGCACGAUGCGGGAUGCGCUACAGGGACGGAGAGACAGACAGACCCACGCUCGCUUUUGCCUGCCUCCCCGCGCACGCCAAUGCGGGUCCUCAAGGGAGCGGCAGCUCCACCUGCGCUCACGUGUGCUCAUUAAAGGAGAUGGGAGUCCCAGCCGUCCGCGGACCGGGAAUCUCCGGCACCCGCUAUUCGUAAAAAUGUGUAGAAAUGGUGCUUUCUUAAUGGAUUGCUGCUAUAUGUGGUAAGCUAAUCUGAUGGAUGACCGUGUCGAUUUCCAUUUUGGGAGAGUAUUAUUUUUUCACACGUUUUACGUGUAGGCACAUGACUGUUUUUUACUGGGUGACGUGAGCGUAGGAGUAAAACUGGAGCGAGGAGUACCGCUGGGAAUAACGUUAGAAAGGGCAAAGAAUUAAAAGAUAUUUGUGAUGAAACGGGCACAGAGUAAGAGACACUCCAAUCUUUAUGAUAAAAAAUACAUGCGUAGCAGUCUUUGGGGAGGGAUAACUUUUGCCCGCUAUGUCCAGUCAGGCAAGUCAUUCAUAACCUACGCAUGCACUUGAGCUUUCAAAAAAGAAAAAAAUACUAUGAAUGGACUUUAUUUUUUUUUUUAAGUUGAAUGACGUUGUUCGUUUAAAAACAACAUUCCUGGACUAUAAAAACAGAGCAAUCUUCUGGUUUUACUCUUUAAACUACUCUUCUUUCUUUUGAUUACACAUUAAGGUAAACUGAAAUGUGCUGCCUGUGGUUGUCAUAUAAUUCAAGGCCUAUGGAUUUUCGCAUAAAGCAGGUGUAAGGCUACAAGCAGUAUUUUUUUAAAAAAAUCUAAAUGCUCUUUCUAUGAAAAAUUAGGUGCUGGAUUCAAACAUGCACAUGUUAGAAACCGUAUGUCACACAUUUAAUAAUGCGGCACCUAAGAAAAUAAUUACAAAAUGUCUUCCUCAGAGAAAGCUCUCUGUACCUGGCUCUGCAUAUUUUAAGGAAGAAUUUUGAAAUAAACUAUUUCUGAAAUAAAGGCAGAUACAAGUGCACUUAGAGGCUGCAAAACUGCAAUGAAAUUUUUUAAAUCCAUUUAAAUUGCCCCCAUUACACCCCUUAUCUAUAUUGCCUUAUACCUUAAAAUGGGACGGAAAAGGAGGGGUGUGUUGGUGAUUUCUAAAAGCUGCUUUUCUUAAUAUGAAGUUACUCAGAUAAUCAACUUCCCGUCUCCAGCUAGCGUUGUGAUAACUGACCAGGGUAGUAAGACCCUCGAGCCUUUUUAAUGUUCAAUAAACAUCUUAUGCGCUUUGAUUUAUAAAACUAACAUUGUUCAUAAUCAGUAAUCUGAUACAGAACAGAAGCGUGGAGGAAACUGGAUAUAAAGACACACUGCAGUCUCACCAAAGCACGGGGAAAUAGGAGGGAAUGGGGGAAAGGAGAAGGAUAUUUGAAGAAAUAGAAAAGGAGGAGCAAAGGACAAGUGGUAGGCUGCAAUUUUCAGUAAAUUAAAAAUAAUGCAAAUAUACCUUACAUAAGCAUCAGUAUUAAAAGUAACAAACGCUGGAGUAAACGGAAGCAGAAAAAGGAAAAGAGAACAGCACAACAGUGGAUUCCGGCUCACACACCGCGGCCGUCCGCUCCCAUAUGGACUCUUCCACUCGCGGCCGCCCGGCCCCGAUCGCUCGUUUCGGGGAUGUUUGUUUUGUUGAUAAUGAUGAUGAUAUUUGGAAGAAAAGGGGAGGCCCCACUAAUUCCCGCUAAUUAGGAUCUUUGCGAAUAGGGACGAUCGCUCCCAGGAUCCGCGGUCUCUUCUCCGAACAGGGGAAUUUGUAUAUUCUUUUCUUCUUUUUAUUUUUUUUCUUGCCCUACUUUCGUUAAUGGAUGUAAGUGUAGACGGAUGUGCAGAAUGCCUUCAGCUGACGUCAGUAGACACGACCUCUCCGCUAAGCCUUGAACGUGAAGAGGGGAUGGGGGGACUCGGGGCGAGGGCGCAGCCGCGGAGAUGCUCCCCGCUCUUCCGCGGGUGCGCAGGCUCCCGCCCGCACUCUACUCCGUGAAAUAAGCUCUAGCAGCAGGAGCAGUGCUGCCCAGCCCAACGCUUGGCCCCAAAAGAGAGCCGACCUCGCCUCAGUGCUGCCGAGUCCGUCUAGCCUUUUCUAUAUUUUUUCUUUCAAUUUAUAUAUAUAUAUACAUACAUAUAGAUAUAUAGAUAUAUACAUAUAUCAGUAAUUGUAGUAGUAGUGGUAUUUGGACGUUAUUUGCUGCUUCUUUUCUGCAGGAAACGAGCGGAAAAUAGACACUUCCAAGCAACUUUAAAAGAUAAAAAGAAAAUUCCCCCCUCCUUACCCAAAGCGCUGCAUGACAGAGGAGCGUUGAGCCGGUGAGGGGGCAGCAUUCAUCCGGGCGCUGCUCUGCAGUGCAUCGCAGGUUCUGGGCGCGGAGAGAGGGAAGGUACGCUGGCGGCCGGAGGGGUGGCGCGGCCCUCAUCUCGGGUCGCAGCCGCUGCCGUCUGAUCUGCAAGUGCAAGGCGCUCUCACCGCUUUGCAGCAAUGCUGUCUCACUCCGCCGGGAGGAGAUGCCGUGUAUGCGGGGAUUCGGUGAACUACAGAUACCGUACUGGCGGGGCGUAGAUUAGAGCAUUCUGUCCUCCUCUUUCCCUUCGCCUUUUGGAGACUGCGGUGUGUCAUGAUGUUUGGGAGAACUUCUCGGGGAACUUCAGACGGCGAGGCGGCAGGGUGAGAUGUAGCCGGUGGCUUAGAAACGAGUGAUGUUCUCUGUUAGGACCAAAGUUUCUCUCCUUUUCUACUGAAUUAUUUACACUUUUUCAGCCUUCUAUGAGCUGUUCCAGAGCAUCUCUAUGGACCUCGGCACAACCGUUCCUAGGGCUGCACACCGCGUACUCAUGCACUGCAUCUCCCUUCAGUAUCCUAACUAAACUUAAAUGCCUUCUCCAAGAAGCGGAAACGUGAGUGUGUUUCUGACCGGGGGACCGCUGUCCGCUCUUACUUUUUUUUUUUCGUGCAGUCGGGCACUCGUGCUGGAUUCCCUCGGUUCGCUCGGGGCUGGCGUUUGGAUCCUCACAGAGCUCUCUUUGUCCGCCAGGUCUCCGAAGGCUGUGCCGGCAGGGAAUGCCCGCCUGCCCGGGGCUGCUGCGGGGCUCUCCCCGUGGAAACAUUCCGUAGAAAUCUGCAGCUGAGAACGGCAGAGCGCCUUCCCUCUCCCUGGAGCCAAGCGCCGGGGGGAACAUAGGCUUGUUAUCAUAUCUAUAAAUAUUUAUAUGCAUGGAUGAAUACAUAUGCAUACACAAGCAUACACACACAUGUGUCUGUGUAAGGGCAUCUGUAGGGUGUACAUAUGUGUAUGUAUAUAUUUAGUAAUUUUUGAGCGUCGCUCCUCCCACCGCCAACCUCCACAGCAGCCCCCUCGCCUCCGAGGGACGCCCGCCGUGUGUACCCGACCCAGAGUGAGGGGCCAGCACGACAUCGGCCCCCCUCAGUCACACCCCACACGCCCCCAGACAGGGGCAAGAGCAGGGAUGAGCCGUCCUGCCGUCCCCUCACCCUGCAUACCUCUCUCUAUCCCUCUAUUCCUCCUCCAUCUCUCCUUCCACCCCUCCCUCACAGCACACCUCCCGUUCCGGCGCUAACUCAAACUUCUUCCCGUCGGCCCCCGCACCCUAAAAGCUAGGUGGGGCUUUUACUGGUGUUUUCAUGCUGUUCUCAAACCCGGAGAGACAGAUGAGAGGGGGCAGAAGGAAACGGCAGUGCUUUAGGACAUCCUCCUCCCAGUGACAAGAGGUCACGCUACAAGUUCGCCUUAAAACAAGAAUGGGAAGAGUGUUUUCUGUUAACACCAUUAUUUUUCCUGUUUGAUUUUUGGGGUUUUUGUUGUUUUGGUGGGUUUUUUUGUUUUUUUUUUUUUUUUUUUGGUGGUGGUUGUUGGUUGUUGUUGUUUUGCCUGCUGUUGACCAGCUGCUUGGUUUUGACAAAAGUUGCACAAAAUAUCAGUGCCUCCCAGAAACAAGACUCAGAUGAAACUGUUCUUCAGAAGUGAACUGGAGGAAAACACCUUAGGAAGCUCGACCAUUUGCUUCUUUUUUUUUUUUUUUUUUAAUGUUUCCAAAGAAAUGCAAGCUUCCUUCUUCUCUAGGGAAAAAGUACUCAUUGCUUUUCUCUGCACUAGACAUUUCUAAUUUGUUCUGUCUGUCAGAACGGGACUAUGAGAGGUUUUGGUGCAAAUUCAUUAUCUCUGACAAUGCAUAACGUAUAGUACGAACUGAAAAAGACCGUGGCAAUGGAUGAAGAACAAUAGAGCUUCAGUUCAUCAGCAACAAAAGCGUUGGGGAAAUUGGUUGAAUUUCAGAGCACGUCCUCCUCAGCAGAGAGGCUGGACUAGACCUUGGCCAAACCCCCAAAAUCUUGCAGAACCUCACAUACAACAGUUCACUUUCUACUCCAGGGUGUGGGCAAAAGUGUGGAAAAAGAAAAAAACAAUGGCAAAACCAAGCCAACUUUCUCCAUUUCUCCCCCGUUUUCAUGGAUGGAAGAUUUUAAACUAUUUUAGAGUCGUUGGAGCAAGAACAACACCAUGGAUUUAAGGGAUACUUUUAAAUAGAGAUGGAGAGGGGAAACACUUGAAUUUCUGGAGACCUGAAAGAGCUUUUUCUGCUCCUAGGGGCCUUGGCUGUGAGAAUCUUUGUUUGCCACCAGAGGCUCAGCUCACCACCCUACAUGUGGGGUAAAAAUCACUCCCUGAUAAAGGCGAAGAUAUAGUGUGGCUACUGACCCAUCUUCCUGAGGAGAAUGGCUGAGAUGUCUUUGAAAUUAUUCCUGGAAUUCGACCAGCAUGAGAUCUCUACCAAACUGAGGAAUGUUCCUCCUACAUGUUGCUAGGAGACGAUAACGACUGGAUAUUUAAGAGAGACAGACAAAAGAAGCUGUCAGGGCUCAGGCCCGAGACUUGGACUGGGAAAAUGGGGUUGAGUGCAGUCUCUUGCACUCUCAGCUUUCAGAGGGGAGAGAGGCCGCAGUCGGCCGCUGUGGGGAGAACCCACUGCAGGGUUCCGUCUCCUGCUGCCUUUCUUCUACCACGAGUGGAGCUCUGCUCAUAAGAGCAGCUUUUGUACUGGAACCUUAUUAACAGCCUGCCUGUUAUAUGCAGUAGAGAUAAUUCAUGCUAUAGAAAUAGAUAAUGUAUGUAUAAAAUAUUAGUAAAGUCUAAACCCAUGUUUGUGAAACCACCCUGUCCAGGAACAGAGUCCUAUUCACAUAAUAACUGAUUCCCAGACAGAGUUGAGAUAAAAUCAAACCCUGUUAUCGUAUGAACAGAGUAGCCCUGAGCCACGAGGGACUAGAGGUAUUCACAAGGUAACCAGUUCCCAGACAAGCUCUGGGACUAUACCAGACCCAUUAUCAGAUGUAGGAGACAGGCUGGAGUCGUCAGAGGGGAUUUCCUCUGCACCUGGAAGAUAUCAUCUGGAAUUUCCUGGGUGAUGAUCAAUGGGACAUCUCAGGAAGCCCACGAGAUCAUGCACCUGGAUUUGAUGGAAUCUCUACUACUCAAGAGAUGGCAUCAUCUACUACAUGUGAAUAGCUCUUCCUCUUGGGCACUCAGACAUUCAUCAAGGCUUUGGACACUCUCUUUGUCUGUUUCUACACAUGUAUGGAUCCAACUUUACAUGCAAAGAGAGACAAAGAAUUAUGUGGUCAUCUCUGCCUCAAGCAGAAUAAACUGUAUAUAAGCAGGCUGCUGGAAGCACUUGGGGUGAACCUUCAGGAGAACACUGUCUCUGUCAGCAGGAACCCAAGGUCACCCAGCGGCUGCUCCCAGGACACUGACUUGGCUGUGGGGCGACUGCAGCUGGCUGUGACUGCUCUUGCGGAAGAGCUGGAGCCUGGAUGGUUAUAAUGUCUGUGGGUUCCACUGCUGCACCAUUACCCUCUUUGAGGCAAGGGGAGGAUUUCCCACCACCUGCUGAAGUUACAUCUCACCUAUUUCCUUCAGCAGAACCCCCACCCAAUCCAGGUAUAUAGAGAGGUUUUUCAGCGACUUCUGUGAGCCAGAAAGAAGUUUGGUAAGAGGAUCCAUGUUUACCCAUGAAAGAAUUUCCUACCAAUGUUGUUGACAUAGAAACCAAGAAAGAAGGGUAAAUAAGAGAAACCUGCAAUUGUCUAUUCCACUAAGCACUUUGUCUCUUCUGACCAGUGAGUAAAGUGUAAACUUAGGAGUUUUUUAAAGAAUGUAUAAAAAGCAUGCAUGCUGGAACAAAAACGGGUUUGAAGCCUUCUGAAAAUGGAGUAUUGCUUUAUAUUGUCUCCAUUUCAACUAUGACUGUCUCAGCUACAACAAAUGGUGACGUCCAUAGUGAUGGGGGAGCAGCUGAGAAGGGCUGCCGGCAGCCGGGAGAGCUGCAACAGUUGGGCUGUGGGGUGAGGCACGGCUGGACGCAGGGCCCCAGUGUAGCUUUUGAGAGCAGCCGAAAGAUGUUGUCAGUCUGGAUGAAAUUGAUUUUGACACCUGGAAUGCAGGUAAGCCACUGGGAACAAUGGGGACCUCCAGUAAAGUGUAAAGCAACAUGGGGAGCUGCUGUAGGUCCAGACUGAUCUUUCAUACUUUCAUGUAAUAAAAGUGAGCCACUGGGGAACAUAAUGAAGCAUCAGUUAAUAAGGGAAGACAAACUGCUUCAAAGUUUUGCUGAAGAAGAAGGGUUUUCAAGCUUUUAAUCGUGCCCUUCAUCGUGUGUUGUUGUGGAAAAAUCAUGACUUUGAAACUGAUGCUAGUGUUGCCUUUAAUAUUAAGUGUCAGAAUAUGGAAGACAGAACAAGAAAUGGGAGUUAAUGGGGAACAGCAGAAAGAUGGGAUUCAGCUUGUGAAUGUGUUUUUCCUGGAGGAGUCUGAUGGAGUUUCUUUUGCGGGGACCUUUUUCUGAGGUCUGCUAUCAUGGGAGACAGGUGGUGCUCCUCGGUAUGUCUCUGAAGGACUGUAUUAAGCCUGUGUGGCUUUCUUUGACACAACAAUUAAUCAAACUGAAUGCUAAGUUAAAAUAUGUUACUUCUGCUGAAAUGCAUUCACAGUAGAGACAAACUGAAGAACAAGCUGAGAUGUUUGUCCCCCCACUCCCCGCCGAACUGAGCAGAAGGAUGAACUCAUUAAAUCUGUAAUUUGUCGUUGCCUGAAAAAUGCCGGUGAUAAGAUUUCCGGGAGGAUCCUCUACCCUUCCCUCUUCCCACCCUGCGAUGAGCCGGCACCCAGGAGAGGGUGCUGCGGGUGUGAGGGAGAGACGCCACUGUUCAGGACCCCCUUGAACCCCUAGGACCUCUCCCCCAUCCUUAUUGCCCUUCCGCAGGCUGUGCAAAGGGGGCGGGAGCUGCAUCCCAAUGGAGGGGGCCAACUGUCUCAACUGUCUGCUGCAGUUGGAGGAAGUCCAUGGGGAGGGCUCAGAUCUCUCAAAAGUGUUGGGAGCUGCUCAGAGCUCUGUGUUGCUGCUCCACGUAGAACAACCUGGACCAAAGAGGUCUUUGAUCUACAGGGCUACCUCAAGUAUUUAGGACUCAAAAAGUGACAGAUCAAUGCCUGGAAAAGGAAUGCAUUAUUACAGCCAAGGGACAUUAUCCAGAUACCACAAUAAUAACAGGUUUUAUUAACAUGGGAGGAGAUGUAGCUAGACCUUCACAACUUUUUUGGCCUCAACUAUGGCCUCUCAUUCAAGCAGGUUUUGGAAACAUGGAACUCAGUGGCUCUGCUACAGGAGGUCUGUCUGCCAUUGUGAUUAAUGUAAAAAAUGCUUAUGGCCAACAAGCUAACAUCAGGCCUUAUGUUUCCAAUGCCUCAUGUAACUUAUGGGGAUGAGAUUGUUUAUCCCAAUGGGGUGUUAAAAUUACUAUGGAUUUUUAGCAGGGACCACUGUGAUGCAAGCUUAAGAGUCCAGUUGUAACGCUGACGUGGUUAACAGGUAAACAUGUCUGGAUUGACCAGUAGCUGCUUCUUAUUGAAAAGCUUACUGCCCUGCAAGCAUUAGUAGCAGAACAUAUUGAAGAGUGAGCUGGACAUAUUGAAGAGUCAUUUAGUUCAUGGAAUCCCCCUGCUUUUGUGAUUAAAAAAAAUCAGGAAAAUGGAAACUUUUGCAUGAUCUACAGCAAAUAAAUGCUGUAAUGGUUACAAUGGGAUCUUUACAACCAGGUCCUCUAACACCUACAAUGAUUCUACAGGGAUGGGAGAUAAUUAUCAUUGAUUUCAAAGAUUGCUUUUUUACCAUUCCAUUGGCUGAACAAGAUAAGGAAAAAUUUGCUUUUACCAUGCUGUGUUUAAAUCAUGCUGAAUCUAAUAAAAAACAUCAAUGGAAAAUUCUAAUGGUUUGUGGCACAGGCCUUAUCAAAGGUGCAAGAGCAAUUUAGUAAUUACUAUUGCAAUCAUUACGUGGAUGAUAUCUUGUUGGGUUCUGAUAAUAAACAACAGCUGUCAGAUCUUGAACAAUGUGCUGUAACAAAUUUGAAAACUUUUGGAUUUCAUUAUUGCCUCAGAGAAUGUAUGAAAAUAGAUGCCUUGGAAAUACUUGGGGUUGAUAAUAACAAAUACUUGGAUUAUGUCUCAACCUGUAAAAUUAGACAUUGAAGUUAAAACUGUUACUGAUGUAUAAAAAUUGGUUCAUGCAACAGCUUGGAUUAGGUCAUAUUUAGGAAUAAUUUAUUAUCAAAUGUAACCUUGGUUUGAAUUAUUGUCAGGGAUUACUUCUACUGAUGAGAGAUAUUUGAUUGAUGUAGUAAAAAAAAGGUAAUGAAAAAAGUUGAAUUAGCUUUGACCUGAAAACUUGUUAGCAGGACAAGUACUUCUGUUGGUGUGUUAUAAUUUAUUUUGAAAGAACAAAAAUAUAAUGUGGACUGUUGUGUCAAUAGAAUGAUAAUUGGGAAGAUAAAUUAUAUAUUUUAGAAUGGGUAUAUUUAUCUUUCAGGUCUCAAAAAACAGUUUCGGGACUAUGAGGUUUUUGCAGAUAUCAUUAUCAAGGUCAGAUGUUGUCAUAAAAUCUUAGGCCGUGAUCCUGUAAAUAUUGUGAUAUCUGUAUAAUAAUAGUAUUUUAAUGGGGUUUUCAAAACAAUAAUAAAUUGCAAUCUGCUUUAUCUUAUUUUACUGGUUAAAUAAUGUAUCAUUUACCUUCUCAUCCUAUUUUGACUUUGACUAGGGACAUUCCUUUUUAGGGGAAACAAAUUUGUUCUCCUGUUCCAGUGGAAAGUACAACAGUUUUUACAGAUGGAUUGGGGAAAAACUGGAAAAGUUGCUGUACCUUGGAACAAGGAUGAUUGUUGGGAAUAUGAAUUUAUGAUUCAACAAGAAUUCCCUUAAUUGAUCAAUGUGGAUUCCCUUAUAGCUGCUUUGGCACUAAAAAUGGUACCUAAUGUGUUAUUUCAUCAAUUUUUUCCAAGGUACUUAGGCACUAUGGCAAUAACUGAAGUUGUCACAAAGUGAAGGAAAAUCAAUGAUUUCUUCUUGUCCUGAUUGUCAUAUGACUCAUAUUUCGUACUUUUAUGGUACCAGUCUUAGAGACCUACUCCUUUUGUAAGAAUGGCAAACAGAUGUUAUAAAAAUGCCUGAGUUUGACCAUUUAAAUUUUGUUUAUGCUGCAGUUGACAUCUUUGCUCAUGUCAUGGGUUGCAUUAGCAUUGGCAGGUGAAACAGCUUAGGAUAUUAUUCAUCAUUUUUGCCAUGCCUUUUCUGUUGUAGGUGUUUCAUCACACAUGAGGAUAGAUAAUGGCUCGGCAUAUGUUUCACAAAAAACUGCAGAUGUUUUUCUAUGCCUAGGUAGUGAUCAUUCCCCAUGUUUCAAUAGGUCAGGCAAUUUUUUGAACAUGCUCAUGGUGUUUUGAAGCAUCAGGUUUAAAAAUAAAAAGGGGGAAUGUAUAGGGAGUUACAUUAAGUGAGAUUAGAUAAAACUGUUUAUGUGCGAAACAUUUUAUGUCCUUUACCUGAUAUACACUUGUCUCCUAUAUUCUAUUAUUUUUCUUCUUUGAAUUCUAAAUAGUCAAAACAUGUCUGUGUAGUUAUCCAAGUCGACCUCACCUUAUCUCUGAAUGCUAAAUAGACUAGGCCUAUCAGCAACUUGGUUAGUAUCUAGACAAAAAUCAAACCCUUCAAAAGCUGGUGGAGUAGGCACAAAGUUUGAAGGAUUGGGAGAAAACUUCUCCCACUGUCAUUUCCUCACAGUAGGUACUAGUAUUAAAUUGAUCCCAAAAACAUGCACUUAGUCUGUAGACUUGUAUCCAUAUGCCCACCUUCCAGAGGAAGUUAAAAAUCCACAAAUUCCUCACCUUAUCAAGCCAUAAAACAAAAUUGAUAACAGCCACACUAGCUUUAGUUAUAGGACCCAUAUUUAGAUAAGGGGCUGCAAAUGGGAGAAAUAUAGCCGUGACCUGAUGCUACCCAAACCAGGGUAAGCUAGACCACAUUGCUCGACCUAACAAGAUUUCUAUAUCCUCACAACAAAAUAGCAUACAAAAAAAUAGGUUACUCAGGAACUGUUACUCCUUUGUCACCCUUUUUCUCUCAGUGCUCUUGGGCCCCACAUUGGGUGCCAAAAUUUGUCUUGGUUUGUCUGCUAGGGAGGACAGGAGCCUCCCUUGCAAUGGAGAAUGUAAACCCCUUCAUUCUGAAUUAUAAUUUUGAAUAAAAAGGCUCUCAGGCAAAGAUAUGAGGAUAGGAAUAACAAUUCUUUACUAGUAUGUAUAAGAAGGCAAACAAAACAACAAUGACUACGUCACUAACAACAAACAGAACCAGAAACCCAGUGACGGUGUCCUUCUUGGCCACUGGCACUUUCCCCUCUGGUGCAGUUCCGGUCACAGCCGGCAGGGGCGCUGGUGGCUUCCGGUGGGCAGCGCAGGUGUGGUGAUCCCUAUGGGGCUGCAGGGGGCGCUCCUGCGCGGGCUUGGGGAGCACACGGUAAUGGCGGCUUUGUCUGAGAUGGGAAGGGAUGGAAGAAAGGCUGUGCUUCCCCAACCCCCUGGAGCAGCUGGUCCCAGCAGGACUCUCGGAAGCAGCAAGCUGGGCCGGCAGGAAUGAGCAGAAAUCCCUGGCUGGUGGACAAGAUCUAUCAGAAACUCCGUGGCAGUAGUUGGAAUUGUGGGGCGUCCUGGCAGGGCAGGGGAUGCAGGGCCCAGCAACAGAAGAAAGGCAGCUCCCAGCCAGGUUAUAGUAGUGACAGCAAAUUCUUUUCCCCAAGCCGCAGGUCCGACCAUCAUCCUCUGAAGCCCAGAGAGAGUGAGACUUCAGCUGCCUCCAGUCCCAUCCUUUAUCUGCCCCAAAUCUCGUGGUAUCUCUCUCCUCGAAGAGAAGCUCCCAGAGAAAAGAAGUGUAGCCAGAUGCUAUACUCCCCUCCCAACCUUGACCACUUCUUUUUUCUUCAGUACCCACAAGUACCCAGUAGUUAGUUUCCCAGAAACUUAUUGGAAAAAAAUCUGUAAGUAAAGAAAGAAAGAAACCCAUCCACCCCCCAACAACUAGUCAGUGCAUUAAAAUUGUAACAGAUGCUAGUGUUAAAUAUCAUAAAAUUGCCUGUAUUUUGGUAUUUCCGCUAUGAGUUCAUAUUUCCACGUGAAAAUAUAGUGAAGUCAAAAUGAAAAAAAACUUGAAAUCUUUUUCAUGCUUUUGAUAAAUUCUUUAAAUAAUGUUUAAUUUGCAACAACUCUUUGAGCUGUGUAGAAGAGGGUAUUUUUAAACUUUUUUUCACCAUCCUCCAAGUAGUUGUUAAAAACAAAAAGAAAGCAAUUGGCCUACAACAUAGACAACUCAAUUUUUUGCAAGGUAAUCUAUACAUGCCAGGGUAUACAGUGAGGUCUCUGUACCUCUUUUAACAUAAUUGCUUCUGGGUGAAAGUUUUAGUUGCAAAAUUGAAAGCUUUGUGUACUUUUUGCUGAAUUAUUAAACUUUUAAAAAUAAAUUGUUUAUUACAUAUGAA